AUGACGCCGUUGCAGUUGUGUCCCCGUGUCCCCCUGUGCGCUGUCCCCUCUCGUCGGGGGCCGUUCUUCUGUACCGUUUUUGUCGUCGUUGCAGGCCUCCUUCCUUUUGCCUCAUGUGACAUGCUAGGGAACUCUGGGCGGCUCAGCCUAGCGCCUGAGCUAGGAAUGCCCGAGGUGCGACUCGAUUCGGGAAUUCGUCCGCGCAGGCGUCUCCCAAGUCGGCUAAGCUCCGCAGCUUGGAUGCGGCUCUUUGCCGAUAUGCGCCUAACGGAACUGGCUCUCCCCGCAACUGUGCACAGCACGUUGACUGACGUCAACAAUCCACGCUACACGGAGCUAGCCCAAGCACAGACUGAAAACGUGACUCGCCAGCUGUGCGACGGUAUCCGUGUGUUCGAUGUGCGGCCGUGGAUAGAUGGCAAAGACGGCACGUGGUACACAGAGGUUCCAUGGCGCUUCGAAGAAGACCUCGUCACUCUGCGGAAAGCAGCUGCGGCGCCCUCUCAUGCUACGGAUUCUUCUGGCGCUGCCUUGCCCAGUUCAGUACAAAGCCUCGUCGACCUGCAUUCAAGCACAGCACUGGAGGCCAGCCUUUUCCGCCCAGUUCAGAAUUUUCUGCGUUCAAAUGGGAAUGAAGUCGCGGUAGUUGUGUUCUCCGCUUUGAACGGCAACCGCCACGGCUCAGUCAGCUCUGCAAACCACGCUUCGUCUUUCGGGCAUUUGCUGCGCCGCUAUGCGGAGCUCUAUCAGCCCGGUGCGAGUGCUGAUCCGGAGAGCCUACCGAAGGCUGACCAGCUCUUCAGUCCGGCCGUUUUGCAGAGUCAGGUCGGUGAUGGCCCCAGCGUGACAGGCACAGAGCACCCCGCGGCCUUCAGUGUUUUGUCCCGCUCGGAUACGUCGGCGUCUAUUCUGUCGUCUGCGGUCCGCAAGCCCCUUUUUUACCAAGACGUUCAUGAGCUCAUGCGCCUGGUCGAUGAGUACUGGGGCCAGCUUCUCCCACGCCAUGAGCACGUCUUCUACGGGCCUGCAGAAAGCAGCGAACAUCCGGAGACGCCCGGGUCAACUGCCUUCCCGGGGGUUGUCGGGCGCUCCCACCGAUGGAGGGCGGACAGCAUCGACGAGUUCGGGCACGAGUACCCGAUGGCGGAGUCGAUCAACAGACCAGACGUUUUCGCUCGCUGGCUGCAGAGACAAGGCGAGCACUGGCUGUCGGAGGCGCCGCUCAGAGAGCUCGUUGCUUCGCGCGUCCAGCUGCUUUUAUUUGUUGACGACCCUCUCGUGGCAUGGUUCAUCACGGCCUUUUCGAGGGAGCAUGUCAUGGUCUUUGUUGCUGGCGACCAUGUCUACGACGUCAGUUACAAAAGCGAGGCGCUCCUCGCACCUUGCGGCAUUCCCCAUAGAACAGGACCAAUCGGCGACGAAUUGUCGUUGACGAAGGAGCGCUCGUGGGCGCAGUGCCGCAGCAAGUGCGAGUCUCUGUCGGAGAGGCGGACAGCGACAACUGCUCGUGGGCCGUGCACGUAUUGGACGUUUGGCCCGUAUCUUUCUCCAGAAGACGACACCCAGGCGCCCGACGCUGUACAACAGAACUCGCCUACUUUCGACUGCCGCACGUUCACGGGCCCGCUGACGGUUCAAAGCUUAGCUCCUCUUGAGCGGGCGGUCACGCAGCCUGCAAACUGCGCCGCAUCCACGCUGUUGGAAGAUUCGUCGCAAUGGAACUCUGUGAAGCUCUUCUCGGAUCUAGUUGACAGCGUAUGUCCCAUCACCGGUCCCGGCGUGUCAUCGCUCUCACUGGAUGUCCACCAGCCUUUCGCGCGGGAGCUGUGCCUUUUGGAUAUAUCUGGGGUUUACGGCAGUGCUGCCACAUCUGAGCGACGCAGUCGUCAACAGAAAAAACCUACCGGAGGUGUUCAAGAAGCAAAGAAGCUUCUUCGGGUCCAUUUUGCGCCGGCAGCGCCUUCGUACUUCAUGUCCGGACCUCGUGGAGGAAAACGCCACUUUGGCGCCGUCGACGGGGUGACGCCCAUGAACCGCCUGACGCUGCCGUGGGUGCUGUGGCACCUUGAGCGUCAACAGCUUCUGGAAGGCUUAACAACAGGAACAGGGGAGAAACGCGACCUCCCAGCGGGGAUCGCGCGCGCUCGUGGCAUCAGAGGAGGCCAAGUCACUCGACCCGUGAAUGCACUCAUGCUCAUGAGAUAUGACAGCCUGAACAACGAAACGCGCAACGACCAGCCGCUGAACUACUUCGAGAUCAUCAUGCGCCUUAAUCCAUUCCCAGCCGGUGCAGCGGCUCUUGCCCUUGAAGGCGAGCUGGGUGACUUCAGCAGCGAGCGUUACCUGCACUUGACGGCCUUUCAUUCCUUACCAAGUGACGUCGACGUCGUCGCGUUUUUCAGUGCACUCGAUGGGUCGUCGCAGGCAUCGAAAGCCCCAUGUAUGCCCAUGAUUUGGCUGGUAGUCUGCGUAGCUAUUCUGUGUCUCUGUGCCAUGAUUACCGCCUGUAUUUGCGGCUCGUCCGUGUGCUGGAAGUUGCCGCAUCCGAACGGCCGCGGCGACUGGGCUUCUGCCCCCGGUGUCCCCGGGCAAAGGGCGGCGCCCGCAGUGGUACCAAUGAAUACUAUCGAUUCCGCGUGA